AUGCUUGUUGCUCUCGUUCUUUGUUUGGUUGGCAUUGUAGCUGCACAACGACCAAUUCCAUGCACGACUCCAUCACAAUGGGAAGGAAAUGUUUAUGAUGUUAAUGAAGAGCAAAAAUUCCGAUUAAACGGAAGAUUAAGUUAUGAUGCAGUUUAUCACCGUGAACGAAUUGCUGAAGAUAUCGAAGAAGGUAGUCAAGAUGAUUUCUUUGAACGACUUGCUCUUUUUGAAUCACAAAUUGAAUUUGUUUACAACUUCCGUGCUCGUAACUGUACUCGUCAACCAAUAACUCGACAAUGGCGUGAUUUUGGUAUUCGUCCAACAGAUACUUCAUACGGUGAAGCUUACAUUGGUUCAUCUGCUUUUCCUGAUACAGGUUUAUUAGUCACAAUCUGGGGUGGUAAUUUCACUUUACCAACAAAUGACACAAUUGAUUAUACAUCAACAUGGACCUAUCGAGGAUGUAUUCCAGUUACUCGAACAAGUUUCAGCCCUAAAUUCGGUAUUUCACACUUGUCAUUCUAUGAUGUAACAGCUGGUAUCAGAGAUCCAAAUGUGUUUAUUCCACGACGAGAAUGUCUUUCAAGUGAAGAAUGGGCUAGCCGAUAUACUCUCUUUGGCACACCAGCAAAAAAGCACAUUUAG